UAAAAAUUUUUAAAUAAAUCAAAAACGCAAAAAUUUUCCCAAAACACGUCAGUAGUUGAUUGUACACACAUCUUGAUACUUGGGCUUAGUAAAAAAAAAUGCAUUUUUCAAAUAAUAAAAGCUUCAACAUUUGUAAUUUAAUGCUACUGCUGCUGAGUCUCUCCAUAAGCUUCAUUUGUGCGGGGAAAUCUCAGCUCAAAGCCAGGAGCAAUGCAGAUAGCGCUAAUAGAAACUUUCGCAUACUCGCCACACGCAUCAAAUGUACACAUACAGUACCAGAAUCCAUCAGUGGCUUUCAAUGUCAUCUCAAGCAACGAAACAACCACACAUACAGUUCGGGUUGGCUGGUGUUCCGUAAGUCGAUAUCAAAACUCGAAGCAAGUGCAAUACUCGAUAUUUAUCGAACAAAUGGCCAACGUGUAAAUAUUUUCAAUAUAACUCUUGAUUGUUGUGCACUUUUGGCUAAAGGCAAGCACGAAAUUAAGAUAUUGGAUAAUAUGUUGAGAAUAAUGUAUGCGGCGAUUAAUGAGCGACCACGUUGCCCCUUGAGGACAAAUUUCAACUAUACCAUUAGUGACUUUUAUGUGAACGAAUCUAUCUUGCCUGCCUAUAUACCGAAAACAAAUUUUCGUGCUGGUCUAUAUAUACGCAGCAAAGGGCGUCCGGCUGCGCAAGUGGUAGCAGAGGGGAAAAUUGUGAAUUCUAAUUAGUAAAUUUGAUAAAUACACAAAUAUUUUAUGCAAAGAAUCGCAUUUAUUCGUUCAGAUAAAUUUUUAAGUUCUCU